ACGACUCUACAGAUCAAGAAAUGCUAUUCCGAAGAUUAGCGAAGAUCGCAUUGCGGGAAAUUUCAUUUUAACUUCUUCAGCCCAUCGAUAUAUUUAAUAGUGAAACUCUAUCAAAACUUAGAGAAAGUGUGCUGGAUUACUUUUGACAGGAUGAAUACGGACGAACUGGAUCACUAUCUACUGCCGCAUUCGGCGUAUAGGAUCAGCAAGAUAUUAAUGUUAUAUGUACCACCAGUAUUGUUGGUCAUUGGCACAUUUGGAAAUAUAUUUGCGUUUAUCAUAUUAAAACGUUUACCAACACAGUCUACCUAUUUCUAUUUGUCGGUGUUAUCAAUUACCGACUUAGUGGUGUUGUACAUCGGACAACUACGCAAAUGGAUUGGAGUGUUAAACGGAAAUGACUUGAGAAACCAUCACGACUGGAUAUGUAAAUUGACGGUUGUUUUUGGAUAUGUAUCCAGUGAUUUCAGCGUCUGGUUGAUCAUCGCAGUCACCGUAGAACGCUAUAUUGUUGUUUGUCAUCCUCUAAAGGCAAACCGCAUGUGCAAUAUCAAACGGGCAAGGUUCGUAAGUCUGCUGAUAUUCACUAUAAUUCUCGCUAUUAACUCUCAGUUUUUCGUAACUGUUAAACUCAUCCACCAUGUCAGCGACAAAGACAACAAAACUCACUGGUUGUGCGAGUCAGACGAGCCGUAUAAAUUCCUCAACGACGUCGCUUGGUCUUGGGUGGACGCUGCGAUCUAUUCCUUCGUCCCGUUUUUUGCUAUAAUGGUGCUCAAUUUGCUCAUCAUAUCUGCCGUUCUUCGCGCGCAGACUAGUCGAAACCAAAUCGCCCGCAGUGCGAGCAUGUACAAGGCAGAGGUACGAGUGAAGAAACAUCGCCAGGAAGCUAAUACUCGCCUUACAGUGAUGAUGCUGACUGUUUCAUUUACGUUCCUUCUCACCACUCUCCCAAACGCUUGCACUGGGAUCGCAAUUAAUUUGUUCACCGACAAAUCAAACACCGAUUUAGUUAUAAAGUACCACCUCGUUCGAACCAUUACCGAUCUCCUCAUGUAUCUCAAUCAUUCCAUCAACUUUUAUCUUUAUUGCGCGACAGGUGCUAAGUUUAGGAAACAAAUAACGAAACUGUUAUCAUGCGGAUUUCCUCAGAAUUUCUUCCUUAGCUCUACAGGGGGAUGUGAUGCCCAUCCGAACGGAAAUGACGUAAGGUGUUCUAGCCUUCUACAGAAGAACAAUACAAGCAUCAGAACGUUACUCACGCAUACAAAUGGAAGCGCGCCACCUAUUUGUAAAAACAACCGAACUAUUUGCGCAAAAGCCUUAAGUCCAUCGAAAUGGCAACUUUUGCGAAAACAAAAAACUAAGAUCAUACAUAUGUAUGAAAGUAACCCACAACAGAAUAAAAAUGUGCCUAUCGUAUAUAAAUAUAACUCAAUGGAAAAUGGCAACAGUGUUAUCAGAAACAAAAAUGUGAAAACAUCUUCAGAAAGUUCUAUCUGAGAUACUUUUAGCCAUCCAUUUGAAUAAAAGUUAAGACAGGUUUACGAUUCUGACAUCUAUAAUUUGUUAUUUGAAGUUUUGAUUAGGCUAUCCCUAUCUACGACCGUAACCAUGAAUUUCUCAUAUCAACCCGAUUGAGUUAGCGUUUAGGCCAGCGUAAAUAAAUUUUAAAUGAAUUUUAUUGUACAUAAGAUAGCUAAUAUGUGAAUUAUUUUCACAUCCUUGUUCCAACAUUCGUAUAUAUAAAAUCAAACAAACAAUUCGAUUAAUCUAGUAGUCACGUAUUGUCUACAGGGUGAGACAAUUUGAUGUAAGGUCGUGCAAAGAAUAAAAAUGCGAUUCCUCUAAAUGAAUAAGUUCUUGAUGCUAUAUAUAUAUAUAUAUUUAUCACAUCUCAAACUAGAAGAAUGGACUGUAAUUGGUCAGAUCACGUCACAUGACUAUUUGAUAAUUCGGUCUACCACAUUGAAAGUCAAUAUACGUAUAUGUAGAUAAAUAUGUCAUUGUUUAUUGUUUUCAACAAUAAAAAUAAGAAAGAUCCACCACAGUUGAGAAAAUUGUUCCAAAAUUAGAUGAACCACAUUUUUGUGUCACUCUGUAUUUUUAAAUAAAUAGAUAAAAUGUCAUGUCG